AUGGCUGAUGGCUACGAUGAUACAACAAGCCAAUGGGCAUACAUGUACCCCAUGCGACAGACGGGGCGAUCACAGCCUUCCAGUGCCACUUUGACCGGGUCUACAAUGGGAGACUACAGCAAUAUACAUCAAGGAGAUCAAAAUAUGAACAUAGAACAGUUUCACCAUGUCACUAACAACUAUGCCUGUCCGCUACCUCACAUGGAGAGCCGCCCAACAUCUUACCCUCACCAAGGUCGACCGAGGACGCCUUGUUGGACCGUUCCGUUUGGCCGAAACAAGGACUUUGUCGGCCGUGAAUCGAUUCUGAAGCAACUUCUCGACAUGAUCCCUCCCAAUGCAGACAAAGAUGACUGCCAACAGACUGUUAUCAAUGGACUUGGCGGCGUCGGAAAGACCCAAAUCGCCCUUGAAGCUGCCUUUCGCGUCCGCGCCAGAUGCCCAGAUUGUCAUGUCUUCUGGGUUCCAGCUAUUAAUACCACCACUUUCGUGAAUGCCUACCAUGAAAUCGGUCGGGAGCUGAACAUACAAAUUGAUAAAGAUGAUGAAACAGACAUCAAGCUACUUGUUAAAGCAGCAUUAAGCCAAAGCUCUGAUAACUGGCUCCUGAUCAUCGACAACGCUGACGAAGCGACCCUAUUCGGAGAAACUAGCGAAGUCACAUCCUUGGGGGGUUACCUCCCCUUUAACCUCAAAGGGUCCAUCCUCUUCACAACCCGAAAUGUCGAAGUCAGCCAAAAGCUUGACAUCCGGAAAAAUAAUAUUGUCCAUCUUACGGGGAUGAGUCAAUCAGAAGCGACCAAUAUGCUGCAGAACGGUUUAGGUCCACAGCAAAUGAGUGAUGCGCAGAGCUUAGAGAGCUUGCUUGAGUUUUUGGCCAAUUUGCCGCUUGCUAUUAAACAAGCGUCUGCAUACAUGAUAAAGACUGGGAUCGCGAUUUCUCAAUAUCUUGAGUAUUGUCAUUCCAGCGACGAGGCCUUAAUUAGGCUGUUAAGCAAAAACUUUGACGAUCGAACACGCUACGAGACCACUCAAAAUCCAGUUGCCACAACUUGA